AUUGUACCAUUGAUUUUACCAUUGAUAGCACAUAAAAAUGAACACAACCUGUUUUGGAAACCAACUCUACUAUCAAUCUUUAAGUUUUAUGUUAAAGGGCCCCGAACUAUUCUUCGAGUGAUAUAUUUGCGUGUGCGUCCGUGAAAAAUACUAAGGUGUAGCCCGUUUAUGAAAAAACCACUUGCUCAUAAGGUUCUUUUACCGCCAUUUUUUAUCUUCACGCUUGUUUUUUCUUCUUCAAUCUUUGGCAGUUAUACCUGAGGAAAGCCAUUCAUCUGCUAUCCAGUAUACUGGCACCAUUUAGUCACUGUAAGGCUGCUAUUCUAAUUCCCCAUUUGGAACAUACUUUGGGAUAAAUUCUAGACUGAGUAGCAAUACAAAAAUGGCACGCAGGAGAGAUAGAGAUGACAAAAUUUCGAUCGAUGCCAGCGACAUCGUCGAACUGUCGAAAGCGACGUCGAUCUUCGAGAAGUUCAUCCAGUCGACAUUUGCUGAGUUCGCUGGAACCAUGAUCUACACCUUCCUUGCUUGUAUGGCAGUAACUACGAUGGAUGUAACGCUGAUUGCAUUCGCAGAAGGACUUGGAAUCGCCUUCCUCUGCUCAGCAUUCUUGAAUGUCAGUGGAGGCCUCUUCAAUCCAGGAUUAACAUUUGCCAUGGCAUUGGCUGGAGGAGUCAACGCACUCGCCGCCAUCUUAUAUUUCAUUGUCCAGAUACUCGGAGCUCUAAUUGGGGCUUCUUUUGUCAAGGCCGUAGUCCUCAAUGACUCCUACUACGACAUCAAGGGAGGCUGCAACCAGUACCGUGGACUGGUGCCUUACGACAAGUAUGACGCUAACCGACAGAUAGACAUGACACAGGGAACCGCCGUGGUCAUUGAGGCCAUCCUCAGUACCAUGAUCUAUCUCGUUUACCUCAUGUCUAAUCUUGACACGAAAGCCCGCCAGGUCACCGGCCCUCUCGCCUACGGAUUCGCGGUCCUCGUCAGUAUCAUUUGCGCGUAUCAUUGCACUGGAGCAUCUUUCAACCCAGCCCGUAGCUUUGGACCCGCGGUCAUAUCAGGCUUCUGGGCAGAACACUACAUCUACUGGGCUGGUCCAGCCAUUGGUGGUCUCUUGGCAGGUCUCUUGUACAGGUUGAUUCUCGGAGAUAGGAAGAAGCGUUUCAUCCUCAAACAUUAAGUCAAGACAACUACCAUAUAGGUCAACAUGUUCUCAUUCUGGACUACAUAAACAUGGAAGAGGGUCAUCACAAACUUAACAUCUUGUUGCCUAACCAUAAAUAACAAAAGUUUACCUGGUUAAUGAAAAAUAACUUCUAUCCGGAUAUAUCACAAAAAUAGAAAAUACACUCUAAACUAGAUUAUAUGGGGAUGAAGCUACUUACUCUAUACUGUUAAAACAAAGUCGCACGUGAAACUAUUGAUAUUUUCAUACUUAAGAGAAAGACAUUCAAGAUAUUUACAUCGAGAAAAUAUCAGAAGUCUAUACAACCCACUGUAAAUUUUAGAUAUGUUGAAUACAAAUAUUACAUCUGGUAAAGAGAAAUAUUGUAUCAUUUCUGCACAAUUUAUCAAAUAGCAACUCACACCAUAAACAAAUUUUUAGUGUACAUAGUAGUGAAGUACUUUAAAAGCAAAAUUACAUAAGCAGAUAAGUCAGCAUUUAGUAUAAUCUUUCUGGCACAUUCUUUAAAAUAUUGCUUUGACCUGUUCAAUUAAGGUGAGUAGUUGUAUAUUUUUAAGUGCUUUACUACUUUGUAAUCUUCUUUUCUGUAUAUAUUGCCAGUCUUAGCUUUUUUUUCUCUUUUUUUUAAUCACUACUUCAGUUUUAAGAGUUAAUCGUUUGAUAAAGCGUUGUUAUUGCACUCUUGUAGUUUAGACUUAUUUAAUUAUUUAGCAAGGUUAAUAGUAAGCUUGUACAAAACAGAUCAUGACACAAUUAUCAAAUAAACUCAAGUAGAAAUUGUAAUAAAACAUAGUUUGUCGUUCAUGUUUAAUUGUGCCCCUUUCCAUUGCUAUCAGUCAUGUCAUUUUAGAUUAAAAUGUGUAAACAAAAUAAAAUGCAAGCCAUACAUUGUUGUAGGAAUACAUAAAAUAAGACCAAGUACGAGUUAAGGUGGGUUAAACAAAAAAAACAAUAUUUUGAAUAUCAGUUAAGUGCAAUUAAUUCACAAUAUGUUCGUAAUUGCGCAAAACAUGAUUUGAAUUGAUUGAUAAUCAAAUUACGAAUAAAGUCACCUUUGUAUAAAAAAAAUAAUCUGAUUUAUACUGGUAAUAAACUUGCCACCUAGUUUAUAAACA